GUGUAUCUGGUCAGGUGGUGGACGACAAGGGGAAACCUGUGACCUCAGCCAAAGUGCUGGUUGAUGGCAAGGUGGUGGAACUGCAAGAAAUGGCCUCCUUUAGGAAACUGUUGCCUGUAGGCUCACACACUCUCCAGAUAACGGCAAGUGACUUGGAGAACAAAACAAUGGAGUUAGUUGUUCCUGCUAACAAAGAGGUUCCAGCUAGUGUCACUCUGGAUUCACUCAAAGAGAUGACAAUAGGCUACCAUUCAUACUAUGGGACUGAGGAUCACUUGCGGAAGCUCAACUCCAAUUACUCAAAAAUAUCAAACCUUUACUCGAUUGGAAGAAGUUCUAAGAGUCGGCAGAUAUUAGCCAUGGAAAUCAAUGCUGCACAUGAUGCUAAACAACCAGCAGUACCUUCUGUAGCUGUAAUUGGAGGCCUUGGGGCAAGUGACAGAGGUGGCAAGGAGCUGGUCCUGGAAUUUGCAAGGUACUUACUUUCUCACUAUGAUCAUGAUGCAACAGUGAGCAAAAUACUGCAGAUGACACGUGUUCAUCUGGUACCAACCUUGAACCCAGAUGGCACAGCUGAAGUACCAAAAGGCAAGGAGAAGGGUGAGAAGUGCCAGCAAGUGGAGACAAAGAAUGGCAACGGUGUUGACUUGGAUACGAGCUUCACUGCUAUGGAUUCAGGGCCUGCAAAUGUAGAGCCAGAAGUUACUGCCAUUCAGAAGUGGAUGACAGAAAAGAAAUUUACCCUGGCCCUUGUACUUAGAGGAGGAGGACAGGGAGUGGCAGUGCCACUGUCUAGUGUCUCCAACUUCAGUAUGUCGCAGCAUGAUUCUGAGGUCUUCAAUCAUCUUGGCUCAGUGUACUCCAAGGCAGCAGGACUACCUCAGGAUAAGUCACAGUGUGGAGAUGUCAAGCUCGUUAAUGGUACAGCCCGUGAUUCAGAAUAUCACCCCCAUUCUGGAAGCCUGUUGGACUGUUUUUAUGGCCACAGUGAGACCUUGGCCCUCAACAUUUACUAUAGUUGUUGUGGUACUCCUGAUGAAAGGACUCUGGGUCAGUUGUGGAAGAAACAUAAACCAGCACUACUUAAGUACAUUACUCUUGCAAACAUGGGUGCAAUGGGAUACGUUACUGAUCUCUUUGGGUCUCCAAUACCUAACGCACAGAUCAAGUUUGAUGAAUCAGAGCAUGUUGUUACCUCCUCUGUAGACCAUGGAGCUUGGUGGAGGCCCUUGACCCCUGGAACACACACACUUAAAGUCAAUGCUGAAGGAUAUUACAGUCAGAAAAAGCUUUUGCAAGUGGUCGGAGGUGACACAGUAGUCUUCAGAUUGGAAAAGGAUGAUAGUGUCUUUGGGAUGCCAAGAAUGGUGUUUGUGAUCAUUGCUGGAGUUUUGGUGAUCACGAUCUUGUUGGGGAGUAUAGCUCUAGCUUGGUUUGCAUUCCCUUCCUUACGACAACGCCUUGAUUGAGCUUUCGUGCUUCUUUCGUUCUUUUUCUCUUCUCCCUUCCUUCUUUUUAAGAUUUGAUGCUUAUAGCUGCCUUGUUUUUAUGGUAUGGGUGUGAGUUGGCAAAUAGUAGAUUUUUUUUAUAGGUUUUAAAAUAGUGUAAUUUACAAGUACAGUAUGAUAAUUAAGAGUUUUCUUUCAAAACUAGAUUUUUAAAUCUGCCUUUAUUGUUGCCUGGAAAUAAGAUCCAGGAACAGUUGUCUGUAUGGUUUUUCAUCUCUCAGCCUUUUAAUCAGUCUAUUGUUUUUACUUUAUAUAUCCCUCUACCUCCCUGUCUACCUCUCAUUAGUCAUUCUACUUGUUUACCCAUAAACCUACUUGUGACAUGCCACAUACCUUUCUCCCUAUCUCCUUUUUGUGGUAAAGCUAGAUAUUUUUUUUAUAUUAACACACCUGUUAAUGUUUUGGUUUAUGAUACAGAGCAACCGUGUUGCAGUCUUUGCACAAUAUGUAUUGAAAUUUUCAUAUGAUCAUGUGAUUUAAGAGGUGUGCAUUUUCAGUGGAGACUAAUAGCGUUUGUUUCUAGUGCUGCAAAUACAAAUUGACACGUAGCACUGUUACGGUUUAUAUAUAUAUGAGGCAUAAAAGAGGUGGAUGCAUUUUGUGUUGCAUUUAUUAAUUGAGUCUUUGAUAUAAAAUGUUACAUUAAUUAUAUUAAUUACUAGAUAUUUCACAUAAAAUUUCUAUUUAUUUGGAAACCUUGUACAAUAGAAUUACAAUUUUAUUUUUAAGAUAUUGAAUCCCAAAAAGGAAACAAUGAAAAUUUAUUCUUUUUAUAUCCUGCUUUUUUUUAUUACAAUAUAUAAAUACUAAAUCAUCAAUAC